UUCCCGCCGCGGUACACGUAAGCGAUAUUUGAAUAGCCGCUUACGCGUCCCGCGCGCAUUGACCAAUCACAGCGCUCGGCGCCGACGCGACGCACAGGACGCGUCACCCCGCGCCCGAGCCCCUUUCUCUCUCGUUUUCAAACUGUCGAACGAACGACGUGCUCUGUGUAAAAAUUGUGUAAUAAUAUUUUUAGUGGAAUUUAAUAAACUUUUAAACUCAAAUACUUGUUUACCUUCCACACACAAGCUAUAAGUGGCUGCCCAACGUUGUGCCGCGAGUUCUAGUACUUCUAAAGUAACUUCAGUGCUCGUGAUAUGUUCGCAACUCACCAUACCUACGCGUUCGUUCUACUAGUUUUACACGUCUUGUAAUCGCGAUCAUCAUAAUGCCGCGCCCGCAAACGCGCAGGGAGCUUACCACGCCACUCUCAGAUGAUGAAGUCGCCGUGGACGCCGGUUGUGACAAAGGAGCCGACGCUGCUAGUUUCACGUCGGAACAAGUGGCUGCCAUGAUGGCCGCCAUGCAGCAGUCUCAAACCGAGGCAUUCGAGCGCCUGCUGGAUAAGGUUAUGAACCGCCAGCCGUCACCCCAUCAAGUUCCCAGCCCGCCUCCCGGCAACUGCCACUACUCGCCGCCAGCGGUACUUUUACCCACUGCACCGUCAGGUUUGGCGGUGACGCCGACGAGUCCGUGGACGCAUUCGUUGACGCGAUACAAAGCUAUAAAGAAUGUGCUAACGUGUCCGAGGAAAACGCCCUCAGGGGCUUGUCAAUGGUGCUGACCCAUGACGCCGCCAUAUGGUAUCGUGGUAUCAAAACGGAAAUUCAUUCAUGGCAGCAAGCCAUAGAUUUGCUUCUGAGUACCUACGGAGACCGGCGGCCGCCGCACCGCAUCUAUAGAGAGCUGUUUGAGAUGCAACAAGUUCAACAAAACACCGAUACAUUUGUUGCUAAGUGCCGUGCAUUAUUAUCAAAAAUUCCUGCCGGCGACAUAACUGAAAAAGCACAAGUCGACAUGGUUUACGGCCUCCUCGACUCCAGGAUCCGAAGACACCUACGAAGAGAAGAAUUCUCAGAUUUCUCGAACAUGCUGCGCCUUGCGCGUUCUAUUGAGAUAGAACUUGACACGCAUACGCCGCGCAGUGCACAGCUAACAAAGUCAGCGAGCGCCGGCGCCCGCGGCAGCAGCGCGCCGAUGCAGCCUCCGCGCCGCUCGACGGCGUCUGCGACACCGAGCGGGGCCACCGCCAGCUCAACGACGUCGGAACCAGGCGGAGGGCCGACGCGACGUUCUUCAGAUAAUAAUAACAGUGCUAGUACGCAUUCUUAUCAAAGUGUUGCGAAAUCAAAGUAUUGUGUCUAUUGUAAACAAAAAGGUCACGUGCGCGAUGAGUGCGGUAAGCUAAGUAAGAGUGAUAACAAAGAUUCACUAUAUUGCUAUGGUUGUGGUGAGAAGGGUGUGGUGAGGUCACAGUGUCAUAAAUGUAGUAACCUGUCGUUCUCAUCCGUCUAUGUGAAACAUAAUCUGGUAAGAAAUCAUUAUAAUUCUAAACUCACUACAUCUUCUCAUUCACCAACUUAUGAUGAUGUUUAUUGUAACAUUAACAAUCAUUAUCCCAGUGCAUUCUACCAAUCUCAAUGUAAACAAACACAUGAUGUGUACUCACCGGCCACACUAGACAUUUCUUUUAAUACAAGUAGUGAUAAUAACUUGUCUAGUAAGGUGAAAAACACAUUUGUCAAUAGUUGUGAGUCUGAGUACACUGCAUGUCAAUUUAGUGAUUAUCAUUCAUCUUCUGUUAACAAAAGUAAUGAAUUUAAUCUUUGUAAAUUAUCAAAUAAGGUAGAUGCACCUAUUCUCAAAAAUUAUCAUUGUAACUCAAUGUCCGUUAACAAUAAUAAUCAUAUUUGUGAAUCGCUUACUGUUUAUGAUAAUGAUUAUGUUGGUAACUCAGUGUCUUGUAUUGAUAGUAAUCCUGAUUGUGAUACAGGUGAUAUGAUAAACAUAUCCAGUAUAAAAGGUAAUGAUUGUAACUUACCUUAUAGGGUCAAUGCACCCGUCAUCAACCAUAACAAUGGUUACCUUACUGAUAGGGUAAAUGUACCUAACAUUAACUAUAAAAAUUGUUACUCUACUGAUAGGGUAAAGGUACCUGUUAUGCAUAGUUAUUGUCACUCACCUAGUAGGGUAAAGUCACCUGUUGUCGUCCCAACUCAUAAGUUGUGCUCUUCUGAUUUUGAUCAGUUUAACAUGCCUAUAAAGGUUUCUGAUUGCGCAGACAUGCCGGCGACUACUGCUGUCUCUCUGGCUACUGUUGCACCUGCGGUUUAUCUCUCUGCAUCUGAUGUUCUCUCAACUCAGCAGAGGCCUGUGCUUAGUAUUCAAGUUAUGGGUAUAAGGGGCAUGGCUUUAAUUGAUACAGCAGCUAGAUGCUCAAUUGCAGGACACAGCUUAUAUAAAAUAUUUAAACAAAAGGGGCUUACCUUUGCUUCCAAGCAGGUUAAUAUGAAACUGGCUGACGGUGUUCUGCAUACUCGCGAGGUCCUGAUGGCUGGUGUUGACGUCAUCAUCUCUGUGGACAAAGGUGUUCAUGUGGACUUCGUGAUCUUCCCUGAUGCAGACAACAAUGACACUCUCCUGGGUAUGGACUUCCUCAAUGCUGCAGGUAUGGUUAUUGAUUUUUAUGCUUCUUCAUGGCACUUCUCCGGUUGCACGCAGACUUACCCACUUGAGUUUGAGGAUGAAUCAAUACCACAGGGUAAUCCUAUUUCUUUGUCUUCUUUUUCGCUGAGGGCUGAUGAAGGCUUAAUGCUUAAUGGCGAUCAGCGCCAGCAGCUUUUGGAUUUGCUUCAAAAGCACGAAGACGUCUUCCGUCUAGGAGGAGAGGCAACUGCCUUCGCUGAACAUCAUAUUGAUACGGGAGACCACGCACCGAUUGCGGUGCCACCAUACCGCCUCACGCCUGCGAAGAAAGCCGUCAUGGAGGCGGAGAUCAACAAGAUGUUGACUGAUGGAAUAAUUGAAGAAUGUGAGUCGGCCUGGGCUGCGCCGGCUCUCCUCGUUCCUAAGAAGGACGGUACGUAUAGGUUCUGCGUUGACUAUCGUCGACUCAACGCUGUCACCAAAAGUGACUCUUACCCAUUGCCGGUAAUCGAGGAUCUUCUGCAUUCUACCAAGCGUGAAGGGUACAUGAGUACCAUCGACCUUCGGUCAGGAUACUGGCAAGUGAGCGUCUCUCCAACGGAUAGAGACAAAACAGCUUUUGUGUCACCUUUCGGUACGUAUCGCUUUAUCCGCAUGCCGUUGGGCCUAAAGAACGCUCCCGCCACCUUCCAGAGACUGAUGGAUCGCUUUAGGUCUGGAAGUAUCCUGAAGGAUGUCACUUUAUUAGUCUAUUUAGAUGAUCUGCUAGUCCUGUCUGAAGGGCCUUUCCAGAAGCACCUGGAAGACCUGGAGGCCGUCUUCAACCGUCUACGUGUUUUUGGUUUAAGAGCCAACAGGGAUAAAUGCCACUUCGUCUGCAGUCAAGUUAAGUACUUAGGUCAUCUUAUUACUCCUAAUGGUAUAAAGCCGGAUGAGGACAAGGUGCAGGCCAUUCAACAGAUGAAUGAGCCAACAAACCUCAAACAUCUGAGAAGCUUCCUUCAAACUUGCUCUUGGUUUCGGAAGUUCGUACCAGGUUUCUCUGAAAUAGCUCAGCACGAUCUGCGUGCCAUCCUGGAUAAAGAAACGUACGUACCACAAGUUACGCCUUACCUUUCUAGGUUUGUAGAUUCCCUCAAAGACAUUAGAGACCGUGUCGAGAGACGACAGGAUCUACGAAAAGAGUACGCUGAUAGCUCUCGACGUCCAGCUCCAACCUUCCAGGUUGGUGAUCAGGUCCUAUUAACUACGCAUUCUCUCAGUAAUGCACCCAAAGGAUUGACUAGGAAAUUUAUGCCGCAGAGGGAUGGACCGUAUGCUAUUCAAAGAGUUCCACGCCGUCUGCGUGGACGGCCACGUAAAGUAAAGGCGCGCUCUUAAUUAUAUUUUUUGCCAAGACAUUCUCGGGGCGAGGUCAUGUCUUGGAGGAGGAGAGUGUAGCGCGCAUCCCUAAUUUUAAAAUUCCCGCCGCGGUACACGUAAGCGAUAUUUGAAUAGCCGCUUACGCGUCCCGCGCGCAUUGACCAAUCACAGCGCUCGGCGCCGACGCGACGCACAGGACGCGUCACCCCGCGCCCGAGCCCCUUUCUCUCUCGUUUUCAAACUGUCGAACGAACGACGUGCUCUGUGUAAAAAUUGUGUAAUAAUAGUUUUAGUGGAAUUUAAUAAACUUUUAAACUCAAA